CCGCUCGCUGCAAUAUCCCAUAUACACUUUGGAAAGCCUUCAAUGCAGUCACUGCGAAGUGGUACCCGCACCUGUCGCCCCGUAAUUGCUUCUAGAAGCCCACGACUGCAAACUAUGGGACUAUUUGGGUUUGGAAAUCUGUUUACAAAGCAAGAAGCAUGCAAGCUUGCUCCAAAGGAAGCUCCAUCGGGGCUCAAGCUUGCAACAUUUGCAGGCGGAUGCUUCUGGGGACUGGAGCUAGCUUACCAGCGGGUGCCAGGCGUAACCUCCACAAGCGUGGGUUACACGGGCGGCCCCGAUCCCAAACCAACCUACGACUCGGUCUGCAGCGGCCGCACCGGUCAUGCGGAGGCUGUACAAUGCACCUACGACCCCAAGGAAUGCUCGUACGAGCAGCUGCUAGAUACCUUUUUCGGUCGGAUCGACCCGACCACCCUCCACCGCCAGGGCAAUGACCGCGGGACACAGUACCGCUCGGCCAUCUACUACCACGACGCAGAGCAGCAGAAGGCUGCUGCUGCCCGGAUUGAGGCGGAGAACCAGAGGCUGCGGUCGGGGUCGGCACCAUCUGGCUGGGCGGGCGACCGGGUGGUGGUGGAACUGCAGCCAGCGGGGGACUACUUCAUUGCAGAGGACUAUCACCAGCAGUACCUUGCUAAAGGCGGCCGCUUUGGAAACCCACAGUCAACUGCAAAAGGCUGCACGGACCGCAUCAGGUGCUAUGGAUGAUCCACUUACGCCGGUGAUGGGUGCUACACAAUAGGGUUAUCAUUCUCCGAGGACGAGUUCAGAAGAGACAAGGAAACAUGCCAGGCAACACUGGCAGGCAAACGGUGUAGCGGCAUGAGCUGUUUGCUGUAUAGAGCAUGUACCAUUAAGCGUUGUUUUGGUCGUGUGCAGUAGGUUGCGUGGAAGACAUGUAAUGAAGUAGCGCGUUAUGCUUUGCUGUGGGCUGCCAGUCGGUGUGCUCCCCGUUGUGAUGCUAAUUGCCAAGCCAGUGCCAGGUUGGCAUUUUCCUUUUUUCACACCCUGUGCAAGUAGAUCCAUGCAUAGGCAUGGUAGGCAGCUUUGACGUAUGACCGUCAUUUCUUUCAUGGAACCUUACAUUUAGCUCAGGGUGGGACAAGCAGUAACAAAGACUGCGAGAUUCUAUCCUCCCAUGUCGCGCAAUCUUCGAAAGAUUUGCAGUAAUUCGCCGUUUACUCAUGUUGGUAAGCGGCAUUGUCAACC